UUCCUUCUACUAUGUACUGGCAUUCUGCCCUCACACGAGUAUUCAUUUCACACUGAAGUUCCAGUUUGUGCUGCUGUAAUGAUAUUAUUGCUGUCUACAAAGUGCUGAUAGGCAAUAGCGCCAACAGAUGGCAAGAGCUAAGAAGCAGAUUUGCCGUCUUCUGUUGGACUACUUUGAUAAGACCUAUACAGAGGAACUUGGGGACCAUUGGCGUACCAUUAAAGAAGUGCUUACAACGCCAGAGCUCUGGCAAUAUGCAGUGUUGCUGAAUAAUUUCCAGUGCACCUCAGGAUCUGAGCUUGAGAAGCGCCUGCGAGUGCACGGUUACCAUCGGCUGUCCUCCGAGAUAACCCUUUCAGCCUAUCCGAAAACACUGAAUUGUUAUAUUCACCGAAAGCCUAAAAGGUUUCCUUCUCAGCGCCACCAGCACGGCAAGAUUAAAGAAUACUACAUACUGAACGCUUCAUCCCUACUUCCCGUGCUAGCGUUAGAUGUCAAGGAUGGGGAGGCGGUACUGGAUAUGUGUGCUGCCCCUGGUGGCAAGUCAAUAGUACUGCUGCAAUGUAUGUCACCAGGGCACCUUCAUUGUAACGAGCCAGAUAUCAAUAGAUCACGGUGGCUGAAGCAGACAUUGGAAUCCUUUGUGCCAUUGUCCCACAUGGGUGCCAUCACCACCUCAGAAAUGGAUGGAAGGAUAAUGGGACGGUUACACGCCAAUGCAUAUGACAAGGUGUUAGUAGAUGCUCCUUGUUCCAAUGACCGUAGUUGGCUGUUUUCCUCGGAUUUUGGAAAGGCGACAGAACGCAUAUCCCAAAGGAAGUUACUCCCAGUUAUACAAACAGAGUUACUCAGGUCUGCGAUCCGUGCCCUUAGUCCCGGGGGAUCCCUGGUGUAUUCUACUUGCACGUUAUCCAAGGCAGAAAACAGUGAUGUGAUUUCCAAUAUCUUGAAUUCCUGCAGUGAAGUUAUUCCUGAGGACCUAAGUGACAUGGCCAGCAGGUUAUCCCACGAGUUUACGUUCGCACCUGGGGUAUCUCAUGGACUCCUGGUUCUCCCAGAUAAAGGAAAAGCUUGGGGACCCAUGUUUGUAUCUAAAUUAAUAAAACUAUAGUUAAAGUAA